AUGCUUGCCGACUUUGAUAAAGCCUGUGGAAAGAUUGGUCUUCGACUGAAUCUCACAGAAACGAUGUAUGUGAAGAAUGGAUUGGUUUCGUAUGCCCCAUUCGCGCUCAACGGAACGAAUAUCUCCGAAUGCUCCAGUUAUAUCUAUCUAGGUCGGGAAAUCAAUAUAAUGAACGAUCUAGCUCCGGAGCUGAACAGAAGAAAACGAGCGGCUUGGGGAUCUUUCAAGAGCAUCAAGGAUGUAGUGAAGAGAACAAGGAAUACCCAACUUUGUGCCCACUUUUUUGAGCCAACGGUACUUCCUGCCCUAACGUAUGCGUCAGAAAUCUGCUCGCUGCCUAAGCAUAAUGAAAGGUCACUCAGCGUUAUCGAACGCGCAGUCGAAAGGGCGAUGCUAGGAGUAUCCCGUGUCACGCAAGCAAGUACAUAUCUUAAAUUAGCGUGUAUUCGUCGAAAGCUGCACAAAUAUUUCGCAACCAAAAUAUCAACAUUCCACAACGAUAUUAACAAUGACGUCAAAAGAGGGGUUAGACAAGGUAUACAAAAGAGCGAUACCAUCUCGCCAAAAUUGUUUACCGCCACACUCCAGAACGUCAUGCCAACAUUGGAGUGGGAUAAUAUGGGAGUGAAAAUCGAUGGUCGGCAGUUACACCAUCUUCGCUUUGCUGAUGAUGACAUCGUCCUUAUAACACCAAACAUUAUCAAAGCGGAACAGAUGCAUGCCGACUUUGAUAAAGCCUGCGGAACGACUAAAUCUUACAAAAGCCAUGUUGUUGAGAAAUGA